AUGUUUAUUUUAGAUAAGAUUUUUAUCUAAUCUUUCCUAUAUUUAUAAAGAUUUAAUGUUUAUCCUUAAAAAGAAGCGAAUCAAGAACGUUUGAAGAUAAAAAUAUACUAUUAAACUUUGGCUAAAAUGGAUAAAACAGCUAAAAUUUAUGAAAAUAUAAUUUAGUAAAUGAUAAUAAAUUUGUUGAUUAGAUGA